CACAAAUACACCUUGUCAUGCAAGCGGGUUUGUCAGAGGAGACCUGGCCCUUCUGCACAGAGGACUAGUCUGGACUUAAAUGGAGUUCACCCUCUCCAAAGCUCCUGAUGGAGCGGACCCUGCAGCAGCAGUCCCACCCGGAGGUUUGCAGCCUCGUUCUGUGACAGAACCUGCAGAUCCAGAAAAGAAGGAUGAACACAAGGGUCAGCCUAGAUGCCCUACAGGACCUGGAGGAGGACUGCAGGAAAUGCAUUCAUUCGAUAGCUCUCCAGACAGCGACAGUGAUGAUGAGGAUAUCGGCAAUAAAAACAAGAAGAAGAAGCUGAAGAAAAAGAAGAAAAAGAAAGACUCCAGUUCAUCUUCAUCAUCAUCAUCAUCUUCCUCCUCUUCUUCCUCUUCCUCCAGUUGCUCCUCUGACAGUGAGAGUGAUAGUGAGGAUGACAAGAAAAAGAAGAAGAAGAAGGAAAAGGAUAAAGGAAAAGCAUAUAUCUGGGACAGUGUUGUAUCUCAGACAGGUCCUGAUGGCCAACUGGACCCUGUGGCUCUAGAAGAGCUGAGGAUGAGCUCGGGUUUCAGCUCAUCAGAUGAGGAGGAUGACAAGAAGAAAGAGAAGAAGAAAAAAAAGAAGGACAAGAAGAAGAAGAAGAAGAAGAAGAAAGAUUCCUCUUCCUCAUCUGACAGUUCAUCCUCUGAUAGUGAUGAUGACAAGAAAAAGAAAAAGAAGAAGAAAAAGAAAAAGAAGAAGAAGAAGAAGAAGAAGGACUCCAGCUCGUCCUCAUCAUCAUCAUCUUCUGACAGUGAUGAUGACAAGAAGAAGAAGAAGAAGAAGAAGAAGAAAGAUAAGAAGAAAAAGAAAGACAAGAAAAAGGAUUCCAGCUCCUCGUCUUCAUCCUCUGACAGUGAGAAAGAUAAGAAGAAAAAGGCAAAGAAGAAGAAGAAAAAGAAGAAGAAGAAGAAGGAUACCAAAAAGGAUGAGGAGCAGAAGAAGCCUGGUAGCGCCGCUGCUCUUUCAGCUGCAGGGGGUGAGAUUGAAGGACCAAGUGCUGACGGAGAUGAAAAGAAAGAUGGCGAUGAUGACAAGGCCAAAAAGCUUAAAGCAGCAGAUAAGAGUAAACUCUCCUCGACAUUCACUGGAGGAGAUGAGGCAUGCCCUGAUGGGAUUGAGGAAGGUCACCUGAGUGAUGAUGAGUGUGAAGGAGAAGAGAAGAACAAAAAGAUGAAGAAGAAGAAAAGUGAUUCCUCCAGCUCCUCCUCCUCCUCUUCAUCUGACAGCUCCUCUUCAGACAGUGAAGAUGAGAAGAAGAAAAAGAAACCAAAGAAGAAGAAAGAUAAAGAUUCAAGCUUUUCUUCGUCUUCAUCCUCCUCUGAUAGUGAAGACGAAAAAAAGAAGAAGAAGAAGAAGAAAAAGAAGAAGAAGAAGAAGAAGAAAAAGAAGAAGAAGGCAAUGAAGAAGAAGGAUAAGGAUUCAAGUUCCUCCUCUUCUUCUGAUAGUGAGGAUGAAAAGAAAAAGAAGAAGAAAAAGAAGAAGGAUAAGGUUUGACAUUACCCUGAAAAAUUUAUCUUUUUUUCUGUUUUAAAGUGCACUGACAUAAAUCUUUUUGUCUUCCCUUAACAGGAUUCAAGUUCAUCUUCAUCCUCCUCUUCUGAUAGUGAGGAUGACAAGAAGAAGAAAAAGAAG